GCGAGAGAGCGCGCGCGCGCGAGGAAGGGUGGGGACUAAGUUCGCCGUGUGUGUGUUUGGGUGAGGCCGCUGGUGUAGUUCCCUAUUUGAUCUGGAUGGAGGAGGGUGAGCUCACCCCGAUGCGUGUCGCCUCUCACACGAACGUCAGCCCCUCUCGCGCAGCGGUUUAAACCCGAAGAGCUCCGUCGGCUCAAACUCGUUUCUCCUCUUUUCUGUGUGUUCAGGAAGACGCCUCCUCCUCCUCCUUCUCCUCCGCCUCCGCCGCCGCACCGACCGUCAUCCACAGGGAGCAGAGCCUCCGGGUCGGCCACGCUGAACAGCUCCUCUCACAGAGCCAAGGAAGAAAAAUUUUUUUUUUUUUAAAAAGGGACAAAAUGCCUAAAGCGGUUAAUGUUCGCGUCACCACCAUGGAUGCUGAGUUGGAGUUUGCCGUCCAGCCCAGCACCACUGGCAAGCAGCUCUUUGAUCAGGUGGUAAAAACAAUCGGCUUACGUGAGGUCUGGUACUUUGGGCUUCAGUAUAUGGACGGCAAAGGCUAUCUCACCUGGCUAAAACUGGACAAAAAGGUGUCUUCUCAGGAUGUGAAGAAGGAGAACCCUCUGCAGUUCAAGUUCCGCGGCAAAUUCUUCCCCGAGGACGUGGCCGAGGAGCUUAUCCAGGACAUCACCCAGAAGCUGUUCUUCCUGCAGGUGAAGGACAGCAUCCUGAGCGACGAGGUCUACUGCCCGCCCGAGACCGCCGUGCUGCUGGCCUCCUACUCUGUCCAGGCCAAGUUUGGUGACUUCUCUAAAGACGUCCACCGGCCUGGAUACCUCACCUCCGAUCGCCUGCUGCCCCAGCGUGUCCUUGAGCAGCACAAGUUGUCCAGAGAACAAUGGGAGGAGAGGAUUCAAGUAUGGCAUGAGGAGCACCGAGGGAUGCUCAAGGAGGAUGCUAUGUUGGAGUACCUGAAGAUUGCUCAGGACUUGGAGAUGUAUGGCGUCAACUAUUUUGACAUCAAGAAUAAGAAGGGAACAGAGCUGUGGCUGGGAGUGGACGCCCUGGGCCUCAACAUCUAUGAGAAGGAGGACAAACUGACCCCAAAGAUCGGCUUCCCCUGGAGUGAGAUCAGAAACAUUUCCUUCAACGAUAAGAAGUUCACCAUCAAGCCCAUCGACAAAAAGGCCCCGGACUUUGUGUUCUAUGCCCCUCGACUGCGCAUCAACAAGCGCAUCCUGCAGCUAUGCAUGGGCAACCACGAGCUGUACAUGCGCCGCCGUAAGCCGGACACCAUCGAGGUGCAGCAGAUGAAGGCCCAGGCCAGAGAGGAGAAGCACCAGAAACAGUUGGAUAGGGCCCAGCUGGAGAACGAGAAGAAGAAGAGGGAGGCCAUCGAGAAGGAGAAGGAGCAGAUGGAGCGGGAGAAACAGGAGCUGAUGAUGAGGCUGUACCAGUUUGAGGAGAAGACGAAGAAGGCGGAGAAAGACCUGCAAGAGCAGAUCCAGAGGGCAGUGCAGCUGGAGCAGGAGCGGCGGAGAGCCGAAGACGAGGCGGCGCGUCUGGAGGCAGAGCGCCAGGCAGCCCUGCUCGCCAAAGAGGAGCUGUCUCGCCAGGCGGAGGACCAGAUGAAGAGCCAGGAACAGUUGGCUGCAGAGCUGGCGGAGCACACAGCCAGGAUCACCCUGCUGGAGGAGGCCAGGAGACGCAAAGAGGAGGAGGCUGACACAUGGCAGCACAGGGCCCGGGAGGCUCAGGACGACCUGUUGAAGACGAAGGAAGAGCUGCACAUGGUGAUGACGGCUCCUCCGCCCCCUCCCCCUCCCCCCAUGUACGAUCAAGUGGACGACAACAGCGACAGCGAGGAGAACACUAGCACGCACAGCGCCGACCUGCCGACCGACGGCAUCAACGACCACCGCAACGAGGAGGACCGCCUGACCGAGGCCGAGAAGAACGAGCGCGUCCAGAAACAGCUGAUGGCCCUGAGCUCGGAGCUGGCCCAGGCACGUGACGACUCAAAGAAGACCCAGAACGACCUGCUCCACUCGGAGAACGUUCGCGCCGGCCGAGACAAGUACAAGACCCUGCGACAGAUCAGGCAGGGCAACACCAAGCAGAGGAUCGAUGAGUUUGAGGCGUUAUAAGACGCCUAUGGGCCGGGCAAACCCCAGCCCUCCAGCCCUUUCUGAAUGGUCACCGCACCUCAUUUCUAGCCCCUCCACGCACGCGCGCACUCACACACACACAUAUGAACAAAAAAAGCACAUUAUUUACACACACGUCACAGCACACACACAACACAAAUCACACAUAGACUCAUGCAAGUCUGCAUUACAAGCACAGUGGCGACCCAUUCACCACCAUGCAGCCCUGACAGACUCCUGCGAUGGGAGUUCACGUGGCAGUUUGCUUGGCAGUAUGCAGGGCCUUACAAAUCAUAAUGAGAAAAUUUAGUGCCAAAACCUUGUUACUUUUUAUUGUCUCAGAUCUUAUUUGUGUUUUUUUGAUUUAGUCAAGUUUGAUCACUUCAGACCAAAUUACCACUGUUUCUAACCAGACAGGGGAGGUGGGAGUAGCCAAAAUUUAUGAAUGAAACAAUGUGCACAUGGAGCAUGUAAUCAAAAACCUGCUACUUUUUGAUGUUUCUUAUUUGUUGUGAAAGGUGACAGAAGGACAAUGCUUGUUUCGCAGGGACCACUCAGAAAGGGGAAACGGUAUAAGCGGAAAAAAAUUCCGUUUUUAUUUUCAAUUAUAUUUGAACACUUCCAUUUAUGUUUAAUAUUGCUAUAAAGUAGCUUGAAAUCAUACCUAGUUUGAUAUUUAUACUGUAUAUGGGAGAUUAAAAAGGGUAUUUCAUCUUGGUUUGUAUAUUUUUGCUACUUUGCCAUCUACAGUACUAAUAAUGAAGGCAUUUUAAUGUUUCAAAGGUUCUAUAUAUUGACCAAAAUAAUAGUAGUCUUAUGUUCCAUAAGCUUUCCUUUAGAUCAUCAAAGAGAUUUAAUCAUAAAUUAUUAUUUUUUACUUUAGGAAUAUAUCCAGCUGCAUGCCAUCAAAUCAGUUAAGGAGAUCUCUUAGCUAGGUACUUUUGAAUUUUUUUUUUUGAAUUUUUUUUUGCAGUGCAAUUCACAGCAUGCCGACUUUCUAACUCCCUAAGCUGACUUUGCAGCUUCGUUUUUGACUGGAACACUUUAGGCUCACACAUUUUAUUUCUGUCUGUAAUCCAUAUCAUAUCAUAUCGUAUCAUUCUUCGCCGAGGGAUGAGACGCGUGUUGUUUCUACAGCUGUUCAACCCAACAGAGUGGCCUUUUCUCUGGCUGGUCCCUCUGCAGCUUCUGCAGGGCUCAGCCCCAGACGGUUGGUUGGUUGGUUGGUUGGUCCCCCCCUCUCCCUGGCCAAGCUGCCCCACCAGAAAACUAGUAUGUGCUCAAAAAGAAAUGAUCACAUGUAUCCCUUUGUUACUUUCAACUCAAGUUUAGUGUUAGGCAUCCGGCUUCCAGUGGGGUGCAGGUUUUGAGCUGAUAUGGAAAUUACUACUUGUUUUGCAGCUUGGCCGUAAAGUAUUGAUGUGGACAAGAUAACGGCGCCACAUCCUCCUCCCUCCCUCUCUCUCUCUCUCUCUCUCUCUCUCUCUCUCUCUCUCUCUCUCUCUCUCUCUCUCUCUCUCUCUCUCUCUCUCUCUCUCUCUCUCUCUCUCUCUCUCUCUCUCUCUCUCUCUGUGGAUGUGGACUAGAGUAGCAUUUACUGACACUGUAAUGGAGACACAGCUUUGCUGGCCUUUGUAUUUGAACAGGAUUUUAUAAUGAGGUGUUCGACAUAUUGG